UUCUGCGCGGGCAAGAUUGAACAUCCGGUUGUGCUUCCUGCUUUAACUGUCAAGAUGUCGUCCAACGACACGCAGUUCUUCAAACAAUCUUUGACGUCUGAGUAUUGGGUCAACUUCAAUGUCGAUACAAAGUUCACACUUGCCGGAGUUGCUGAACCCGAGAUCGAUAGCGAUGACAGAAAUCAAAUUCGUGCGUGGGUAUUGUCCCAAGCCACUCCAAAGACAGCACCAGCCCAAGCCCAGCCUUCGUCUCUUUACCGUCCCAUCCUUGACCCAUUCGAAAUCCGCGUGCUCGAGAUCUUGCCCGGCACCGGCGCCGACAAGCUUCGAGGUCGCCUCCGUCACUGCUCGCUUGAGCUCAAGGCAAGCUUCGCCCUCGCUGUCGACGGGUCUGCAACGCCAAUGGUGUACACAGCGCUCAGUUAUACAUGGGGCCCAAACGUGUUCGACGAGAUGAUCGAGUGCGAGGGCCACGUCAAGAAUAUUACAAAGUCUCUCGCGGUUGCUUUGAGGGCUUUUCGGCAAGAAGACCGCUCGGUGGUGAUGUGGAUUGACCAGAUCUGCAUCAACCAAGACGACAACGAAGAGAAGGCACAGCAGAUCCCCCUGAUGUCGAGGAUCUAUCAAAAUGCGAUGAAUACCAUCAUCUGGUUGGGUGAAUCGACUUCAAAUUCCGCUUCUGCCAUCAAAUUUCUGGAAGACGUUAGGUUACUUCUACAAUUCACGGAAAAGACUAUCGGCCCAGACGAGUUUGAGGGGCUCAACCUCCCCUCAGAAGACUCGGAGGUUUGGCAAGCUAUAUGGGACUUACUUUCCCGCCCGUGGUUCACGCGGCUGUGGAUUAUCCAGGAAGUCAUCCUCUCAUUUGACGCGUGGGUUGUCUGUGGCAACCACAUGACCACAUGGGACGUGUUGUCGUUGGCCUGCUUGCAUCUUUGGACCUGUGGUAUCUCGAGAUGGCUGACGGAGAAGAAUCCGAAAUCGGGCGACCACACCGCCGGCGUUCAGAGGGAUCUCUGCGAGUCGGUGCAGCGUCUGAGCAGCAUGAAAUCAAGCUACCACAGUGUGACCAUGCCACUCUUCGACCUCUUGGUCGAGUCAAGGGAGGCCAAUUGCUACGAUAAUCGAGAUAAGGUAUACGGCUUACUUGGGGUGUGCGACGACCGCGACAGGUCGGCGAUUAAACCAAGCUAUGCGGAGGAAUUUCCUGUGACCCAUCUCUAUCGCGACAUAACAACGCGACAUCUAGAGAACAACAAAGGAAGCUUGAGACUGGGUGUGGUCCUUACCUGCGUAGACCACGAGUCUCUCGACCUGCCCUCAUGGGUACCAGACUGGAGAAAUCCCCGUCAAACGCACUCAUUGGGGCAUUCUACUACCACCGCGACCCCAUACAUGGCAUGCGGCCAUCUCACGAUCGAAGUCGGUAAAAUCCAUCCAUCGUUGGAAAACACAAACAAGGACGAGCUGCGGCUGCAUGGUAUCUCGGUUGACACUGUUGUAAAAGUCAGUACCAUCUUCACGAAUCCAGACCUGAAUCUUGACGAUCCCACUACUGCCAACAAAGACUUGAAAGACAUGUGCUCCUUCGUCGCAGAGCUACAAGACUAUCCAGGCAAUGAAACCGUCUUCUCUGCAUUUUGGCAGACACUGGUCGCGGGAAAGGACGCUACCGAAAUGGCCAAGGCGCCGUCGGCCUACGAAGAGAUCAUCUCUCUUCUCCUUGACGCAUCCACGGGGCUAUCACCAUCGCUCCCUGGACAGACAUACUCGCCACGGCAGAGAAGGCCGGCAGGUAAGGGAAAGCUGGAGCUGGCAAGUCUCAAGACACGCACGGCGGGGAAGACGUUCCAGGAUGUGAAGACCUCAAUGGUCCAUGCUAUGCGGAAUCGGAGGCUUGGUUUCACUACGAAAGGGCACUUGGGGUUGCUUCCGCAUACAAGCAGAGUAGGGGAUGAGAUUCAAGUCUUUGACGGGUGUCAUAUUCCGUACCUCCUGAGGAAGGCUGAUGGUGGAAGCCAUCGGCUGGUUGGAGAGAGCUACGUGCACGGAAUCAUGCGAGGAGAGGCUGUUAAACACAUCCAGAGCAUGGACGAAGUAGUAUUGAAGUAGUGUAGGCUUACAACUACGAUGUCGUUAUCUUACCAUUCAUACUAGUACUACUUUAGGUAUGUACGUUUGAUUUUAUUUCUACCCUAUCGCCGAUCUUGAUACAUAAGUAUGUACACGAAUAGAACCAACAACAAAUAUCAGCAUCUAGAGA